AUGGAAAAAGAAACUACAGAAGACAAAGCCUUUGGAAUGUCAGCUCACUUACUCUUAGGUGUUGUUUGUAUUUAUUCAAAGAAAGUUGAUUGUACUGUUUUAUACAAAGUAUUUGCUGCGGUGUCAAAUCAUACCUUACCCGAGGACGGAAUGCAAGCACCUCUUCAUACUAUCACCAUGCCAGCCACUUUUGACCUUGAUGCGCUUAACUUGAGCUAUGGAACGGAUGUUAAUGGGUAUGAGGAUCAUCACAUGAAGAGUCUAGAAGAUAUUACUCUUGCAGAUGAAAAUCCCACUGUACUGGAGAAUUAUGUGACCAUACGAUUUGAUGAGGACACAACAUUUAGUCCUGCAAACACACAUACAAUCUCAUGA